AUGAAUUCCAAACAAUCGUUGCUUCCAUGUCAAGUUUCCCAAGAUUUGUGCCUUCCCAUGACCCGAGUAAAGAUAAUCGUGAAAAGUUCUCCUGGGGUGGAAGUUAUAUCUCAGGAUUGCCUUUACUUGAUGACAAAAGUCACGAAGAUAACUUUCAAGCAGUUUAAAGAAAUGAUGGAAGCUAAGACAUCAGAAUCCAUGUUGGAUUCCAGUGAUAAGAGCAAUGACUUGAUAAAUAAUGACAUCGAUAGAGAUCAGAUUGAUAGUGAGGACGAAGAAACAAGUAGGAGCAGUAGUAGUGCUAGUAGUAGUGAAUCAGAGUAUGUAAAAAUUCUUUGGGACGUCGGGGUUUAA